AUGGCUCGCGCUAUUCAAACAAACGGCCAUGCUGCGGAAGAUGGAGGGCCAGCAGCCGGUAUUCCACUGGAGCUCACCGUGCUGGGCAUGAACAGCGGGACAUCAAUGGAUGGCAUCGAUUGUGCAUUAUGCAGCUUCCGGCAGGAAACACCAGACUCACAAAUGCACUUCUCCCUCCUGAAGUACGGAGAGGUGCCAAUGGACCUCGCACUAAAAAAGCGUGUGCUGUCCAUCAUCAAGUACGACAAGACAUCGGCGUCCGAGCUGUCCGAAGUCAACGUGCACCUGGGAGAGACAUUCGCCGCGGCAGCCAUCAAGUUCUGCGAGGCCAACGGCGUCGACAUCAAGAGCAUCGACGCCAUCGGCUCCCACGGCCAAACAAUCUGGCUGGCGAGCAUGCCCGACGCGGGCAUCCCCAAGUCGGCCCUGACAAUGGCCGAGGGCACCAUCAUCGCGUCGCGGACGGGGCUGACCACCGUGACCGACUUCCGCAUCUCGGACCAGGCGGCAGGGAGGCAGGGAGCACCGCUAAUCGCCUUCUUUGACGCCCUCCUCCUGCACCACCCCGGCAAGCUCCGCGCGUGCCAGAACAUCGGCGGCAUCGCCAACGUGUGCUUCAUCCCGCCCGAGGGCCUGGACCGGGCCUACGACUUCGACACGGGCCCCGGGAACGCGCUCAUCGACGCCGUGGUGCGCCACUACACCGACGGGCGUCUCGAAUACGACCGCGACGGCGUGAUGGGGAAGCGCGGCCGGGUCAACCAGCCCAUGGUGGACCGGUUCCUGGCCCGGAUCGCCUACUUCAGCUGGGACCCGCCCAAGACGACGGGGCGGGAGGUAUUCCGCGACACGCUGGCGGACGAGCUGGUGCGGGAGGGCGCCGAGCUGGGCCUCUCGGCGGACGACGUCGUGGCCACGGUCACGCGGAUCACGGCGCAGGCCAUCGUCGAGCACUGGCGGCGGUACGCGCCCCGGGACCGCCCCGUCGACGAGGUGUUCAUGUGCGGGGGCGGCGCGUACAACCCCAACAUCACGGGCUACAUGAAGGAGCAGCUGCCCGGGGUAAAGAUGUUCAUGCUCGACGACGCGGGCAUCCCGGGCGGCGCCAAGGAGGCCGUCACCUUCGCCUGGCAGGGGAUGGAGGCCAUCGUCGGGCGGAGCGUACGGGUUCCGGACCGGGUCGAAACGCGCAGGCCGUACGUGCUUGGCAAGGUCAGCCCCGGGGAGAACUACCGGACGGUUAUGAGGAAGGGCAUGCUAUUCGGUGAGGGGAGGGCGAAGCUGGAGCCUGUCAAGGAGAUGGUGAACUAUGUGAACGGCACCGUGUUUGAUAACAAGUGGUAA